AUGCCUUCCGACCACCUCGACGACGUGCGGCCCAUGUUUGAGCUCCGCGGCCGUAAUUACAUCGUUACGGGCGGAGCUCAAGGCAUCGGCUUCGCAUGCACUCGCGCCAUUUGCGAAAUGGGUGGAAAUGUAGCCGUCUUUGAUAUUCAGGACAAGCCGGUCGAUGAGUUUACCACGCUCACUGAAAAGUUCGGGACGAAGACCCUUUACAUCAAGACGGACGUCACAUCUCAAGAGAGCAUCCAAGCCGCGUUCGAGACGGUGAUCGCCGAGUUCGGCUCCAUCAACGGCUGUGUUCCCGCGGCGGGUAUCGCCAUUGACAAACCGUUUCUCGACCAAACAUGGGCCGAGUUCAACCGCAUCCAGGAGAUCAAUGCAAGUUUGCUCCCACUCUACACGCCUCACAGCAUUAGAUUCUUACGAAUGCACAGCAUGGUCCUGCUGGCGUCUCAGUCCGCGCACAUUGCUCUUCCCGGAUAUCGCAUGGCGGCGUACAACGCCUCCAAGGGGGCCGUUUUCAUGCUCUCCAAGGCUCUGGCGGUUGAGCUCGCACCACACAACAUCCGCGUGAAUACCAUUUCGCCAGGUUUUGUAGACUCCGAAAUGACACGAAAUGUCCGGGCAUCAAAGAGUCAGCGCGAGGGAGAGCAGAUGUGGCUCGCGCCGCCUAAUCAGAGACUCAGCACCCAGAACGACCUCACUGGUGCCGUUGUUUACCUGCUCAGUGAUGCUGCGCGCCACACGACGGCGGCUGAUAUACCCAUCACUGGCGGACUCCAUGCGGGAACCAUGGAUGUUCAUCCGAUCGUCUUGGGAGGGGUUCUACCUCGAGGACAACAUCUCUCACAUUCCUCACUAACCACUGAACAGGUCAUACUUGCACCAAACCCCGCCAUGAGUGAUAUCAUAGAAUUCCGAGUCGACAUUCCACGAGAAGACGUUGAUCGCUUGCAACGUAAGCUCCAGGAUACGAGGCUACCAGGGCGUUCCAUUGUUCCUGAUGCUGGAUCAAACUAUGGUCCUGAGUAUCAAUGGGCGAGGGAUCUCUACAAUGCAUGGGUAAACGACUUUGACUGGGACGAGGCCCAGAGAGAAAUGAAUCAGGUGCCACAUCACUUAGCCACGAUUGAGGAUCUCACGAUUCACUUCGUCCAUGCUCGCUCAGAAAGUCCAAAAGCAAUUCCUCUCCUCGCUAUCCAUGGCUGGCCUGGUUCGUUCUGGGAGUUCAGUCAAGUCUGGGGUCCACUCUCUCGACCCAGCAAUCCUGAUGACCCAGCAUUCCACGUCGUGGCACCAAGCAUGCCGGGUUUCUGUUGGUCAUCUUGGCCACCACAGUCUGGUUGGACCCUUCAAGACAAUGCACGCAUUUUCGACAAGCUGAUGAAAAUGCUCGGCUACAACGAGUACAUGGUCCAGUGUGGCGAUUGGGGCCAUUUUGUAGGCCGUGAACUUGGCGCUAAUUACACCGACUCCUGCAAGCUUCUGCAUUGCAACUUUGCUCCCAGUCCGAUGCCAGAAGAUGUCGAACUUACAGAGCGAGAGAACAAGGUUUCCAGACGGAGUGAAGACUGGCUACAGAAUCACAUCGGAUAUGCCGUAACGAUGAGAACCAGGCCUCAUGCAAUCGGCAUCGCACUACACGAUAACCCCAUGGGAAUCCUCAUGUGGGUUGGUGAAAAGUACAAUGAGGCUGCCAACCCGGAGAACCAGACCAAGCCGUUCUGGACCAAAGCCAUUCUGGCCACAGCGUCUUUAUACUUUUUUACCGGAUGCAUCAUGCCCUCGAUGCUACCAUACCACGAGAAUCUGACUCAUGACAAGUUCCCAGAGUUCGCCAUGAAUGAAGAGAACCGGAUUAAAAUCCCGUUCGGGUACACCUCCUGUCUCUGGGACACGGAGCCAGCGUCCAAAAGAGCAGUGGAGCGAACAGGAAACCUGGUCUUCUACAGAGAACGCGAUGACGCAGGUCAUUUUGCUGCUCUAGAGCAUCCGGACGGCUUGAUGCAGGAUGUACGAGAUUUGGCCAAACAGGCCUGGGAAGAACAGCCAGAAGCCGAAAGUUCCAGGAACACUGGGGGUCUGAAACUGUCGUUCAAUCCAAUAGACUCGCGCGUUCGACAUGAGUAUCGUUCUUGA